AGCUGAGCAGUGUGCUGUUUGUACGAUUUGUAUUGUAUUUGACGAAUUCGCUGUUUAUUUAGUGAAUAAAUAAAAGCAUACAUAUAAUGUAAUUCCAUUAUAUUACUGUAAUAAUUUGCAUUUAACAUUUAUCAAACGACGCUAUUUCCAUUGUAUUGUGCAUCAGCAAUAUCUUUUGGCUUAGACAAAGCAAAAAUGUGUAUACUGUUUUCAUACUGUGGUGAUAAUGAUGCGGAGAGUGACUACCAGCUGAUUGUAGCGGAGAACCGAGACGAGUAUUAUGAUCGGUCAGCACUUAACAUGUCCCUGUGGAAUGACUCCAAUGUUGUAGCAGGUCGGGAUUUGGGAGCCCCUGAUGGUGAUGGCACUUGGCUGGCCAUAUCUCCACAAAGGAGGAAGCUUGGGGUUCUCCUGAAUGUGCCAUAUAAUGACAGGGCAGAUGCAAAAAGUAGAGGCAGAUUGGUUACAGAUUAUGUGCAAUGUGAUUUGUCUAUUGAGGAAUACAUCAAGACAAAAGAGGACUAUGUUAAAGAAACAAAUCAAUUUGUUUUAGUAACUUAUGAGUUUGGAAAUAAUACCAAAGUGAACACAUAUACAAACUCUACAAACCAACUGCAGACCUGGGAGAACACAUGCCUGGGUUUCUCAAACAGUCUCCCUGAGAAGCCCCUAACAAAGGCUGUAACGGGCAGGAGGGCCCUUUAUGAUAUAUGCAGUAGGCUCAAUAAGGUUGCGCAGAAGCAGCAGUUGGUAGAGGAGUUGCUUACAUUGUUGAAAUCAAAGGAACCACAUUUACCUGACCAAGAAUUACAAAAUAGAACUCCAAUGUAUCAACAAUUGAGUUCAAUAUUUGUCACUAUACCAGAGGGUAGAUAUGGAACAAGGACACAUACAAUAGUGCUCCUAACAAAGACAGGGCAUUUAGAUAUCAUUGAGGUAAGCAUGCAGAACCCGGUUGAUGUUGAGAAGCCAAAUUGGAAGAGAACAGAAUUCCAGUUUGAUUUAUAACCAAUAUUUAAAAUCUAGCUACUUAUACUGCAAAACGUAAUUCAAGACCAAAAAAAGUAAGAAAUGUUGCCACUUUUUUACUAGCGCGUCUUGUAUUUAUGUACAAAUAAGUAAAUAAAAGUACUUUUUUAAAUAGUAGGAGUAAAAUUACUAAUGAAUAAAUUAUCUUAGCGUGAUUAUUUAUCAAAAGAAAUUUACUAUUUUACAAACAAAUUAUUGCAAUGGCAACAUUGUCCUACUUUUUUUGGUCUUGAAUUACGUUUUGCAGUAUAGUAAACACAAUAUUCUUCCGUGUAUGCUAAGUUUGCACUGGCUUGAAUAGAACGAAGAGAAUGAGUCAUUAUAAACGUCAAAUUUUCAUGGAAAUUUGACAUGAUGACAUCACAACACUUUGUCAUUGCAAAAGCUGUGCAGUGUUAGCCUGGUCCGACUCUAGACUUAUUUGUCGGGAUGAAAGUGAAUGAGUAGGUUAUUUUGUAAAAUUAUUGAGGCAACGUAUGUUUCAUGUGCAGUAUUGCAAUUUCCAUUUAUUUGUGUUCCGUACAAAACUUUGUUCACGGAACACUUAUGGGAUCACUUCGGUCUUGCAAAUCAGUUAAAUGCGUUUUUCUCAGAGACCGUUUGACGUAGAUACCUACAGUUAUUAUUUAUUAAGAACCCCGAGCGGGAACCUAUUGGAAAACAUGGAUUGAUAUUUUUGUAAUAUAGGUGUAAUUUUUAUCACUUAUGAAUUUAUAAACAAUUAUUUAACCAAA